UAUAGCUGAUGUUGAACACUGUGUGACUAUUUGGUGUGUUGGCUUCUUCGAAUUUUGAAUUUUCUUAGUAAAAUUCUUGGCUCCGCUGAUGUUCUUGUUAAUCACAUGCAUUGGAAAUGAUCAAUUUUGAUUGGAUUUGUGUGAUUACGUGGAUUUUAGUUGUAAAGAAUUGGCUGAUUUUUGCUUAAUUGGCAUCACUUAUAUGAUAGUAGUUGAUGUUCUUAUUGUGCUAACAACCAACACUAAAUUAUUCAAAUUUGUUUCAUUUCGCGUUGGUAGUUACAGUCUAGUUUCAUUUUUGUUUCCCGGUAUUGGAAAAAAGAUUUGUUUUUGUUUUUGUUCAUCUUUCUGUUAACUCCUUGUUUUUUGUAAGUCACAUGCAUUGGAAAUGAUCAAUUUCGAUUGUAUUUGUGUGGUUACGUGGACUUAUUUUUGGUUAAUUGGCAUCACGGAUAUGAUUAUUCUCCAAUUAAAGUUGGUGUGUAGGAUGUAUUGCAUUAGUUUAUUUGAAGCUGGUCUUUAAUCCCGUAUGCUUCUAUAUCUUUUAAGGUCAGUUAUAAUACGGAUAGCGAGCUAAAACCUUGAACCAAUAAGAGCUACCCGUUGGUAAUUUCCUUUUGGAGGUGACAGGCUUUCGAGUAUAUUCUUUACUGAGGGUCUGUAGAUUAAAAUGUUGUGCAGACAUGAGAUUAUUUGGAUCCCUUCCUUAACUUAUUUCUUGGAUUCCUAUCUUUACUUCGAAUUUUCCUUUAAAUUAUGUUUCCUUUUAGUUUACCAUUCUCAAAAAAAGGAUUGUGUUUGCUUUUCCUACACUUCCUGUUUCCAAAGGAAGUCUACUUACUCUUGUAGGAUAUGCAGUAAUGAUUAAGUUAUUAUAAGUUUGUUGUAUUUCUGAAGGUACCUUUUGAUAAAAUAUAUCGUCAUUUGUAUGUCGUAUAGUAGCUUGAGCCCAAUAGGGAACAUCCUGCUAUGACUUUUUAAUGGCUUCUUUGAAAUGUUUUCAUUAUUUUACACGCCUAGAAUCACUAUGUAUUAGUAAUUGAAGUUCCAUUUAUCUUGUCUGUGCAGCGAAAAGGCAGAAGAGGUUGAAUUCUUACAGGCUAGGGCUUAUGGAGCCUAAUGGACAUAGAAAGGGUAACAAAAAGAAUACGGUUUCCCUUCAAAAUGGUGAUCUUAGCACAUUGAAUAUUGAUGAUGAGUUGGAUCCAUGGACUUCCUGGGCGAACAAACCUCACACUAUUACGUUGUUGCUUAUCGGUGCAUGUUUACUCAUUUGGGCUAGUGGAGCUCUCGACUCACAAAACACUUCUUCCGGUGAUAUUGUGGCAUCUGUGAAAAGGGGUGUUUGGGCUAUGAUUGCUGUGUAUCUUGCUUACUCUUUGCUGCAAGCCCCCUCGACGGUGCUCAUUAGGCCACAUCCUGCCAUUUGGCGCCUAGUUCAUGGAAUGGCAGUCAUUUACCUUGUUGCUUUGACGUUUUUGCUUUUUCAGAAGCGGGAUGAUGCUCAGCAAUUUAUGAGAUACCUACAUCCUGAUCUUGGUAUUGAGCUACCUGAAAGAUCCUAUGGUGCUGAUUGCAGAGUCUACGUACCUGAAAAUCCCACAAACAGGUUUAAGAAUCUUUAUGACACACUGUUUGAUGAGUUUGUUUUGGCUCAUAUCAUAGGGUGGUGGGGAAAGGCCAUCAUGAUUCGUAAUCAGCCUCUUUUGUGGGUUUUAUCCAUUGGAUUCGAGUUUAUGGAGCUUACCUUCCGCCACAUGUUACCAAACUUCAACGAGUGUUGGUGGGACAGCAUUAUUCUUGACAUAUUAAUCUGCAAUUGGUUUGGCAUAUGGGCUGGAAUGCGCACCGUUCGGUAUUUUGAUGGGAAAACAUACGAGUGGGUUGGUAUAAGCAGGCAACCAAAUAUCAUGGGCAAGGUCAAGCGAACACUUGGGCAAUUUACGCCAGCUCAUUGGGAUAAAGAUGAAUGGCGUCCCCUUCUAGGUCCAUGGCGGUUUAUUCAAGUCCUCAGUCUCUGUGUCAUAUUCUUGACUGUGGAGUUAAAUACAUUCUUCUUGAAGUUCUGUCUUUGGAUUCCUCCAAGAAAUCCUUUGAUAGUGUAUAGAUUGGUUUUCUGGUGGUUAAUUGCAUUACCAACUAUCCGUGAAUAUAACUCGUACCUACAGGACAGAAAACCAGCGAAAAAGGUAGGAGCAUUUUGCUGGCUUUCAGUGGCGAUCUGCAUUGUUGAGCUCCUAAUCUGUAUCAAGUUUGGACAUGGAUCAUUUCCGAACCCAAUGCCCAAAUGGGUGGUAAUUUUAUGGUCAUGUGUCGGUAUUGGCCUUUUGAUGUCGUUGGCUGCAUGGUCGUUGCAUUUACAUAGAACGAUGAGGAGAAAGCACGAUUGAGUUUACGUUUGCAGUUCCCCAGCCAUUCUUUAUUCCUUUGCUUUCAUUUGGGUAGAGUUCAACCAUGUUGUAAAUACCCAUUACCUUGUAACUGUAUAUGGUUUGCAUUUUUUUUAGGUUAAAUAUUAGUACAUUUUAAACAUGUAGUAAACCUCAAUUCUUUUUCAAUAGGCUAAAAAGUACAUGUUUGUUCAGCUGCA